ACAUGAUUAUUUUGAAGGACGGGGUGUCAUCAAAUGCAAACUUGACGCUACAGGAAGCUAACUUGCUAAAGAACCAACACAUUGAAAUUCUUGCAGUUGGUAUUGGCUGUAAUAUAAAUUCAAAUGAGUUGAAUAGCAUGGGGUCAGACUCAGACCAUGUGUUUACAGUCUCGUCAUUUGAUGCUCUGAAGACUGUCCGUACGGAUAUUAAAAAGGCAGGUUGUGAAGAGGUAACGACAACAACGACUACACCAAUGCCAACAACUACUCCAACGACCUUGAAGACUACAACUACGGAACAUUUCAUACCAGAUACUACAACAGAACACUUCAUACCAGACACAACAACCUUGGGCUAGCUUGUCUCCCGAUCAAAUAUGUAAGACAAUCAACUUGACAUAUGCAAUGAUUUUGUAGUCUUUAAAACAAAUAAAAUUGACAGAAGCA